AUGUCCUCAGGCUACGGCCUAGCCGGUGGGCCCUCCCGCUGCUUCCCGUUCUGGCAAGAAGUCCUCGCCUGCUACGUCACCAACACCUCCACCGAUGACGACUCCGGAAAGGCGAAAUGCACGCCCGUCCUCGACGACUACUAUGAGUGCCUGCACCACAAGAAGGAGGCCGCCAAAACCCGCGCCCUCCAAGCCGCUUACCGAAAAGCGCAGGCUGCGCACCCGCGCGAAGAUGCGCCGUCGGCGGGCCAGAUAAGGAGUUUAGGGUUGCUGGAUGCGCCUGCGCCGGAGAAGGACAUCAAGCGGCCGAGGGUGAUCCCGAGUGUGAGGGACGAUGGAGUUGCGUAG